UUAAUCUUAGUGCAAAUCAGGAUGCAUGAGCGAUUACUGUUCAGCGAGACCUGGGGGGAUGAGAAAAACAGGUUUUUUGUGAAAUCAAAAGAUGAGCAUUCGAUAACCGAAUUGUUAUCAGACACGACUAGGACGAAGUCUUUUUAUUCCGGUUUCGUAUCGAUUGUCAAGGAGGUAUUUUUGCCUCAAGGAUAUCCCGACAGUGUUCACCAAGACUAUACUCCCUAUCAAAUAUGGGACAUUGUACAGGCAUUCGCAAGUACCAUAAUAGGUACCCUGACAACACAUUCCAUUAUGCAAGGGGUAGGUGUAGGUGAAGCUGCUGCAACACCACUGGCAGCAGCAAUAACAUGGAUAUUAAAAGAUGGAACUGGGAUGGUCGGCCGUAUUGUAUUUGCAUGGUUGCAUGGGACAGAUUUAGAUGGACAGUGUAAAAAGUGGAGACUUUUUGCAGAUAUUCUUAACGAUUUAGCAAUGGGAAUAGAAUUACUCUUACCUUACUUCUCUCCUUAUUCUCUUGUAAUAUUAUGCAUUUCAACAACAAUGAAAUCAAUUGUUGGUGUAGCUGGUGGAGCAACCAGGGCAGCACUUACACAGCAUCAGGCAUUGCAGAAUAAUUUGGCAGAUGUUUCAGCCAAAGAUGGAAGUCAAGAGACAUGUGUGAAUUUAAUAGGAUCUUUUGUAGGAAUUUUAGUACUUUCUAUUUUUCACAGUGGCCGAUACAUAAUGGAACUCUAUCUCUUUCUGGUGGUAGUCCAUCUAUAUGCAAAUUACUCGGCUGUGAAAGCUCUACGUUUAAAUUCUUUAAAUGAAGACCGCUUAGUAUUAAUAAUCAAAAGUUACAUUACUAACGAAGUCAUUCCCGAACCUGGAGAAGUUAAUAAAAACGAAUCAGUACUGAUGCUCUCAAAACCUACAAUGAGUUUAUGUGGAUUUAACAUAAAAAUGGGCAUCUCCCUUGCCACUCUCAUAAAGAAAAAUAUAAUUUCGACAAGCGACAUUGAACUAUUAUUAAAACUCUUUUUAGAUAGGAAAUAUUUGAUUUCUAUUGAUGUACAGAAUAGAACUAUUUUUAUAUGUUUUAAAAAAGAUGCGCAACCAUCGGACGUUUUAGAAGCGUAUUUUCAUGCUUGCCUUUGCGGCUUGUUCAUUUGUAUGUCUCUUAAAGUGCCACUUGAUCUUUUCUUAAAACCGGAAGUGAGUGAUGUAUCAUAUCCCUUAAUGCGCCUUUAUGCAUUUAAUAAGAAAUACUCUGCUUUAAACAAUGGCGCACGAUCAUCGAAAGCUAUAGAAAGCAUUUAUGCUACUAAUUUAUUGAUUUCCAAUGAAUACAAAGCAUUUAUUAGUGGCCUUGAGAGUAAAGGGUGGAUAACGGACACUAAUUUGCUACCGGUAGCAGCUUGGAGAUUUUUUUAAAGAUCGUAAAAUGGUAAAAGAGAAG